AUGCCUACAGUGGCCUUCCACCCGUCCACCAACCCCCCAGCCGAACCAACCCACAUCCACAUCAUCCCCGACACGGAAAUCUACCUCCGACACAGCAAGACCUGGAUCCCAGUCCAGAUCUUCGACCUAAUCACCCAGCACCUCUUCCAUGUCCAGCCUACCCCCACACCCCCAUACGAAGACCUCAUUCACACCCUCUCCUUCAUAACAUCCUACCCCAUAACCGGCCCGCUAAUAUCCGAAAUCCAAACCCUCCUUGACCACCACUACCACCACAUCUACAACUCAAGCUCAAGCUCAAGUUCAAGCUCCACCUCCUCUGAAGACGACAAAAACGAAAAACAAGAAGACGACACCGACCUCUGGCGCCCCUUCGACAACAUGCACGCCCAAUGGAUAACGCUGCAACGCCAACAUAUCGUUCUUUUGGAGCGUGAUCCUGAUUCAGAGAAGUCAGGAUACACUGCCAACUCUUAUCUCACUGUUCUCUGUAAGCAAAUCCCUCGAACGUAUGAACCUGGUCGGAUUUUCAUGCAAGAUAAUGGGGAUGAGGAUGAGGAUGAGGAUGAGGAUGAGGAGGGAAAACGGGGGUUGGAGGGGCGUCGUCGUCCUCUUCAGGCUGCUACGCUGAGGCCGGUGGCGAGGAAGAAGCGGAAGUUGAGGUAG